AUGGAGCACCUAAAGAAGAAGCGUAUUGUUGCCGAAGGUCGUCUCAACGGGAUAAGAUCCCGUAUCAACGAGUUCAACACCGAUACCGCAGGGAUCGACGACCUCACCGCAGAGCUGGACAGCCUUUUGGAAUGGUGGCAAGACUUCAGCAAACUCCAGGAUGAUUGCAUCAAUCUCUGCACUGAUGAUAAUGCACUAGACGGACUCAUUCAGGUUGGUAACGAGAUGGAGAAAAGGUACAACGCAGUGAAGGCAACGGUCACACAGUUCAUACGAGUGGUUCAGAAUCGUGACAACGCACCAGUGACUCCUCGUCCGGUUUUGGAAGCCAAUAUCGCCAUCCCUGAACUGAAUCUCCCAAAAGGUUUGCUGCCUACUUUUUCGGGUGAUUACGCCGAAUGGACAUCAUUUUAUGACCUUUUUGUGAGUUCUGUCCACAACAACCCUCGGCUCACGGAUGCGCAACGACUUUUGUACCUUAAAACGUACACGUCGGGAUCAGCUGCUGCACUUCUUCGACACAUAAAGGUAGAAGAUAGGGCAUACCAAGGGGCUCUCGAUGCGCUGAAAAAACGUUUCGAUAGGAAGGAUCACAUUGUAAGCCACCAAAUUCAACGAUAUCUGGACAUACCACCAAGCAGCGUGGCCUCGGCAUCUUCGCUUCGCCGAGCAUAUAGUGUAGCGGACGACGUAAUCAGAGCACUUAAAGCGUCGCAACGUGAAGAAAGGGAUAGCUGGCUCAUCCAGCUACUUCUGAUCAAGCUUGAUCCCGAGACUCGUCAGCAAUGGGCGGAUAGGUCAAACUUGAAUAACGGAAACGCGCAACCACCGUCCAUCGAUCAGUUUCUGGAGUUCCUCGAUCAACGAGCGUUCAUAAUGGAAGCUAUCCAUCGUCCAACAUCCCAUCGAACCAACGACACACCAACCAAAUCAACUCAACGACAUUGUUCAAGCUUCAUUACGACCAACGCAACAGAGGUUCCCAUCUGCACCCUCUGCACGGAUCAACAACAUCACCUUUAUUUCUGUCAACGAUUCAAGAACCUAUCAUCGUCGGAGCGGCUGCAUCUGACAAAGGAAAUCGGCGUAUGCAGCAACUGCCUUCGAGAUGACCACGGAAAAAACCCCUGCCCAGCCAGCAGGUGCAAGAGAUGUGAUCAGGCGCAUCACACUCUACUACACGACGGACUACAUCGACAGUCAUCGAAUCAAAUUUCAAGCAUGCUCAGUUACAACGAUUGCUCGUCGGUAUUACUCGCCACGGCCGUUGUACACGUCUUCGACGCAUCGGGAAAACCACAAGCGGUUCGUGCCAUACUGGACUCAGCUUCACAAGCCUGUUUCGUCACGGAUUCCUUGAUGUCACAACUCAACCUGCCGCAUGAAACAAUCAAUCAUACGUUACAUGGAAUUACUGGAAGGCCUACUACACUGUCUAAAGUCGUAACAGUUACUCUACAAUCUCGUUUCGCAAGCUACAAAAAAGAACUCCAGUGUGCAGUGCUAGACAGCAUCUCCGAUCCGCUUCCUCAAAAGUACAUCAACACUACAGACUGGAAUAUAGAACCCUACGAACCCCUGGCGGAUGAAACAUUCAACACUCCCAGCGAUGUCAAUCUUCUAAUUGGAGCCAACAUUUUCUUCGAUCUGCUGUGUGGUGAAAGCGUAGAGUUGGGUCCAACAAAGCCGGUCCUUCAGAGAACCCAACUUGGAUGGAUCAUUUCGGGAAGUUUCGGGCCGACAAUACAUUCUUCGCUCCUCUUGACGGCUAAUAGUUCCCUGACGGUGGGCGGCGACAACAUACCGUCGCAACAUAUGUUAAGUGUGGGCGGCAAAAAUUUAACCUUGUUGAAAUCGUCACAUAUCAGCCAAACAGAGUCAAUAGAUAAAAACGGACUUGCAACAGAAGCAACAAUUGACUGCUCAGUUGGUGGGCGGAAUGUUCCGGCCGCCAGCAAGCAGCCGGGAUGUUUUAGGACACCCCACCAGCAGAAGAGCAUGUCUCAUUCUGAGGGCUCAAAAACUGCUCCACAAGCCACAACUAUUUCCCCCAUCACUAAGCACUGA